AUGUCUCAACCUGAUCCAGUAAAGAAAGGGGCCAAUGGCGGUGAUUUAGAACCCCACUGCAGGACCAACGGCGUCGCCUCCGCCACCGCCACCGCCACCGCUACCCGUCGGUGGGUGCUUGGGAAGCUCCUCUUUGUAGCCUUUUUCGCCGCCCUAGUACUCCUGUGGGCCGAAGACACCUCUGUCCUCUGCGGCGGCCCCCCUCGGCCUCUCCAGAUCGGCUAUCACCUCGGCUCCUACUCUGUCGACUCGUCGACCCCCACCGCCCCUUCUUCUAUGCCCAAGAACAACGCCACUCGCAGUAGCAGCAGCCGUAGUAGCAAUAGCAGCAGCAGCAGUAGCAGCAGCAGCAGCGGCAGCAGUGCUACUCUUCGGACGAAAUUUUCACCGCCCAUCUGGAUCUCCGUACCCGUCGUCCCCAACUUCACCACCACAAUCAUCUCCAGCUGGAAGGCCCUGCCUGUCGGGGAAGCGUGCCGCGACUCCCCCACCACCGACAUCUCCAUCCCCGCCCUCGACAGGCGAGUCUCACCCCUCGAGCUCUCCGCCGCCGAGAUCCACGAGUUCUCCUUCACGGCAUUGGACGACGCCGGCCGGCCCCGCGGCCUCGGCGGGGACUACUUCGAGGUCGACCUCUCCGGCGCUUCCUGGAAGUCACGGCCCCCGCUCCUCGACCGCGGCGACGGCUCCUACUCUUUGCGACUCCAAGUCGCCCCCGAUUUCGCCGGCGCCUUCAACCUCACCAUCACCCUCCUCUUCAGAAGCUUCGAAGGGCUGAAAAUGUGGCCGGUGCGUUUCAAGUACGGCAGGCAGCUGCGGAAAAUACCCAUCAUUAUAUCCCGUCCGAACCUUAUUACCGGUGAUGGCGACGGCGGCGCCUCCUCGCUGCUGGAACUGCGGACGUGCCGCAGCUCCGACUUUGGUCAGGAUUUCUGGUGGUCCGGGCGGUGGACGCGGCACGGUGGGAAGGAGAGGGAGUCUGAGUGUGCCGUGGAUGACGAGGGGCGCUACCGGUGCCUCGCUCCCGACCACCCGUGUCAGCGGCCGUGGUGCACUGGCCCGCUGGGGGCGCUGGAGAGCGACGGCUGGGUCUACUCGGCCCACUGCUCCUUCAAGAUCUUUGCCGGGGAACAGGCGUGGGACUGCCUCGGGAACAAGUGGAUCUUCUUCUGGGGCGACUCCAACCACGUCGACACCAUCCGGAACCUGCUGCACUUCGUGCUCGGCCGCGCCGACGUCCAGCAGGUCCCCCGGCGGUUCGACUACAACUUCACGAGCCCGAGCAACGCCUCCCAGUCCGUCCGGAUCACCAGCAUAUUCAACGGCCACUGGAACGAGUCCAUGAACUACCUCGGAUUACAAUCUCUCGAGAACGAGGACUUCCGGCGGCUGCUGUGGAAAUUCUUCUCGACGGAGGAUCGGGUCCCGGACGUGAUGAUCCUCAACUCCGGCUUGCACGACGGCUUCUACUGGCGGAGCGUCCGGGCGUUCGCCCAGGGAGCCGACCGCGCAGCAGAGUUCUGGGCGGAGGUCAUGAGGCAUGUGAGGCAGCGCGGGAAGGCGGUGCCGAGGAUAUUCUACCGGACGACGAUUGCGGCGGGAGGGUACGGGAGGUUGCUGGUGUAUAACCCGAGCAAGAUGGAAGCGUUCAACGGCGUGCUGCUCGAGAAGCUGAAGGAGAAGGGGCUGCUGUCGGCCGGCGGCGGCGGCGUCAUCGACGACUUCGACAUGACGUUCCCCUGGCACUACGACCACCGCUGCAGCGACGGAAUGCAUUACGGCCGGGCGCCGGCCAAGGCGGUGUGGAUGGAUAGGCAGAUUGGGCACCACUAUUUUGUGGAUUUGAUGCUAGCCCAUGUACUCCUCAACGCCAUAUGCAGCGACUGAGUGCGACGUCGCACGAUUCCUCCGCUCAACUCCGCGUCUACUGAUCGAAAAUGGGCAGAUGAUGCGUGCCU